AGUCUAUUGACUACAAAAACUGUUCAUUUAUCAGUCGGCAUUUAGCGUAAACACAUCAUAAUUUAUAUUAUUCUAGUAAUUUCGUUGUGAAAUUUUAUUUAGACGGAUAUUAUAUUGUUAAUAUACGUGGGCUGGUUCCAGCAACAACAUGAAUAACGUCUACGUGUUUUUCUUACUUUGUGUUUUGGUGCCCACGUUUGCCUUCUACGAUAAAGGCGACGUUGUCGAACUUACACCGUCCAAUUUCGAUCGAUUAGUUAUUCAAAGUGAUGAAAUUUGGGUAGUUGAGUUCUAUGCUCCAUGGUGUGGACAUUGUCAACAACUUGUACCAGAAUAUACGAAAGUUGCCAGCGCUUUAAAAGGUAUCGCCAAGGUUGGUGCAGUAAAUGCCGACGAACACAAAUCACUUGGAGGACAAUAUGGAGUACAAGGUUUCCCAACAAUCAAGAUAUUCGGUGCCAACAAACGCACCCCAACUGAUUACAAUCAACAGAGAACCGCACAAGCUAUUGCCGACGCUGCACUGGCUGAAGCCAAGAAGAAGGUGUCGGAGAAAUUGGGAGGUCGCGGUAGUGGUGGUAGCAGUGGAAGCGGUGGUAGCAGCGAUGUUAUUGAAUUGACCGAUUCAAACUUUGAUAAAUUGGUUCUUCAAAGCGAUGAUGUUUGGCUUGUCGAGUUCUUUGCUCCAUGGUGUGGUCAUUGCAAAAAUUUGGCACCAGAAUGGGCGAAAGCUGCAAAAGAACUUAAAGGAAAAGUCAAAUUGGGUGCAUUGGAUGCAACAGUUCAUCAAGCCAAAGCUCAAGAAUACAGUGUACAAGGGUAUCCAACAAUUAAAUUCUUCCCGGGUGGCGUAAAAUCACGAAGUGAUGCUGCAAACUACGACGGUGGCCGAACUUCUGGCGACAUUGUCAACUGGGCAUUGGACAAAUACACAGAAAGCAUUCCAGCUCCAGAGGUCUAUGAAUUGACAUCAGAAGAAGUAUCCAAAAAGGCAUGUGAAAAUAAAGCCUUGUGUGUCGUAUCGGUGUUGCCUCACAUUCUAGACUGCGACUCAAAAUGCCGUAACGAUUACAUAAAAAUUUUGAAAAAUUCAGCCGAAAAGUUCAAGAAACAAUCAUGGGGUUGGCUCUGGACCGAGGGUGGAAAACAACAAAAUGUCGAAGAUGCUCUUGAAAUUGGCGGUUUCGGAUAUCCAGCAAUGGCAGCUGUUAACUACAAAAAACUAAAGUACACAUCAUUGCGUGGUUCAUUCUCAGCCGAAGGUAUCUAUGAAUUCUUGCGUGAUAUCUCAUUCGGGCGUGGUCAGACGGCUCCUGUGCGCGGUGCAGCCAUUCCUAAAAUAAAUAACGUCGAGCCAUGGGACGGCAAAGACGGUCAACUGCCAGAAGAAGAAGACAUCGAUUUGUCUGAUGUUGUUCUCGAUGACAAAGACGAAUUGUAAAUUUUACGUGUAGCAUAUAUAUUAGGCACAAAAACAAAAAACUAAAUCGGGUCUUCGAAGUAUAGAAAUUAAAAAAAAAAUAAAUAAAUUGUGUGCGUUUUUGUUCACAUCGAUUCCGCUCUCAACAACUUGCAACAAUGUCAGCUUAACUAUAAAAAAGAAAACGUGUAACCAAAACUGUGAAAUAUAUCCACAAUUUAACAUUUUACUUAAUCUUAUGAUUAGGAACCAAGUGUAAGAAUAAUAACAAAAAAAGUCAUCAUUUACAAUUUAAAAGAAUGGAAAAACUGAUAGUAGAUUAAAUGUACGUAAGAUAAAACUUUCAAACAAUAAAAUUAUCUCAAUGUUUUUUCGUAUAAA